CCGGCUUAUAUUGACCCCGGGUUUCGUGGAUGUGGCAAGCGGUGCAGUGGGAACAUUUCUUUAAGCGCGUCACGUCAAAAAAACAGAGUAUGAAGCUGGAAGGUCAACUCACAGCCCAAUGAUAUCCAUGUUUAUCUCUACAGUAUGAAACUGGAAGGUCAACUCACAGCCCAAUGAUAUCCAUGUUUAUCUCUACAGUAUGAAACUGGAAGGUCAACUCACAGCCCAAUGAUAUCCAUGUUUAUCUCUACAGUAUGAAGCUGGAAGGUCAACUCACAGCCCAAUGAUAUCCAUGUUUAUCUCCACAGUAUGAAACUGGAAGGAUUGAAUGAAGCUGUGGAGUUCGGUGCUAAGAUGAGAGAAGAGAACUUCUCUCUUCAGGAAGGCGAGACAUUUCUCAAUCAUGGAUCUUAUGGCAGUGUUCCAAAAUGUGUCCAACAAGUAAGACUAAGAUUCCUGGAAGAGGUGGAUCGACACCCUGAUGACUGGUACCGGAGGAAUGGCUACAAGUACUGGCAGGAAUCACAGAAGGCAGCCGCAGACUUCAUGCAUUGCGAGCCUCAGGACUUGGUGUUUGUCCAAAAUGCAACUACAGGUGUGAAUACGAUCCUGAAGUCCUGCCGCUACAAGCCAGGAGAUAUUCUACUGUACACCACGCUGACAUAUAGAGCUAUAGCCUAUACCUGCGAUGCAACAUCGGAGCUCUAUGACGGCGUCAAGUCAGUUGAGCUGGAUAUACAAUUUCCGAUAUCUAGUGAGGACGAGAUUUGCGAAAAAUAUGAAGAUUUCUUCAAAUCCAAUCCACAAACCAAAAUUGCUGUUAUAGAUGCCAUCACCAGUCCGUCAGCUGUAGUGAUGCCGUUGAAGCGCCUCGUCGAUCUGUGUCACAGGUAUGGAGUUAUGGCCGUUGUAGACGGCGCACAUGCUCCUGGCACACUUCCGAUCAAUCUCACCGACCUUGGCGCCGAUGCUUUUACAGGCAACUUCCACAAGUGGGUGUACACUCCUCGGAGCUGUGCCAUUUUGCAUGUGAAACGAGAGCAUCACAGCUGGGUCCACCCGCUCGUCACGUCUUGGAACCACGCCCUAACACUGGACAAACAGUUCUUCCUUGUCGGUACAAAUGAUCAGACAGCGUACGUGUCUGCCAAAUAUGGAGUUGAGUUCUACCAGCGGAUUGGAGGCAUGGAUAAGAUCAUCGGCUACGCAUCCAAGCUCGCUACAGAGGCACAUGAGUAUAUUCUCAAGAAGCUCCAAGCAGAGCCAUUACAGAUACCUCAGAGUAUGGAGUCUCCCACAAUGAGGGUGAUCCGACUGCCAGACUUGCCUCAGUACCCCUGCACUCGGGAAGGAUCCAUCGCUUUCCACACGGACGUACGCUACAAGUACAACAUCCAGUGUGCCAUCGAGUUGAUCCAGGGUCAUCUACAUCUCCGCAUCAGUUGCCAGGUAUACAACACGAUGGAGGAGUACAAGCGACUGGCAGACUGUCUCCUGGAAGUCAUUCAAACUAGCAGGAAAAAUUGAGGAUAAAAAGUGAACGAAGCUGAUUCUCAUACCAGUGAUUUGGGUAAAAUGGUAUCGAAAGGUUGUUUAAUGAACAGGGUUUUACACAGACUUUAAAAAAUUGGAGUCAUGGUGACUCACAAUAUUUAUUACUGGGAGUCAUUUUCAAUA